AUGACUCGGAAAGGUACUGCAAAGCUAGAUGAGCUUCGCAAGAUCGAGGGUCAGGUGCAGACUUUUUGGGAGUCGAAUAAAAUAUUCGAAGCGGACGUUCCUUUGAAAAACAGUGAAACAAUUGAAAAGUACUUCGUCACUUUCCCUUACCCCUAUAUGAAUGGGAGACUACAUUUGGGUCACACAUUUUCUUUAUCGAAAUGCGAGUUUUCCGUAGGGUACGAACGACUAAAGGGCAAGUUGGCUCUAUGGCCGUUCGGUCUUCAUUGCACCGGUACGCCUAUCCUAGCAUCUGCAGACAAAUUAUCACGAGAAUGCAAGGAGUUUGGUUGUCCACCUGUCUUCCCACACGAGGCUUCGGAGCUUUCUGCUAGUAUGGAGACAGUGACUCCUGCUCAAGGUAAAAGCAAAAAAAGUAAAGCUAUUGCGAAGACUGGUGGCGCAAAGUUUCAGUGGCAAAUAAUGGAAAGCCUUGGCAUGGAUAACAAUGAAAUCGCUAAAUUUAAAGACCCUGAAUACUGGUUGAAAUUUUUCCCUGCUUUAGCUGUUGAUGACCUGCGUAAACUAGGUGUCAAGGUUGAUUGGAGGAGAUCCUUUAUUACAACAGAUGCUAAUCCCUACUAUGAUUCAUUUGUUCGUUGGCAGUUCCUGACUCUUAAGAAGCAAGGAAAAAUUCAGUAUGGCAAACGAUACACCAUAUUCUCUGCUCGAGAUAAUCAGCCAUGUAUGGAUCAUGAGCGAACUGUUGGAGAGGGUGUCGUUCCACAAGAAUAUACGUUGAUUAAGUUGAAAGUCAUAUCCGAAUUUCCUUCGAAAUUCAGUUGCGUAAACCAAUUAAAAGAACCCAUAUUCCUUGUUGCGGCAACUCUACGUCCUGAAACGAUGUUUGGCCAAACUAAUUGUUGGGUACAUCCAGAUAUAGAUUAUGUCGGAGUGAAAAGCACACAACAAUCUUGUAUACUAAUUUGUACUCAACGCGCUGCUCAAAAUAUGGCUUAUCAGGGUAUUUUAGAUCCUUCACACCCUGGGCACAUCGAUAUAGUCGCAAAUUUCAAAGGUGCUGAUCUUCUCGGAUUAAAAGUCAAGGCUCCGUUAUCCUCUUAUGAAUCUGGAGUUUUCGUUUUACCUAUGAUGUCAAUUCGAUCUUCUAAGGGUACCGGAAUUGUGACUAGUGUUCCUAGCGAUUCUCCAGAUGACUGGGUCGCUUUGCAAGACUUAAUUAAAAAGCCUGCAUUCCGGACGAAAUACAAUCUUCUUGAUUCGAUGGUCAUACCAUUCGAACCGAUACCCAUAAUUGAGACACCGGGUUUAGGUAGUUUACCAGCUGUCACAAUAGUAGAUCAGUUAAAGAUUCAAAGUCAAAAUGAUCGAGAUAAAUUACAAGAGGCCAAAGAAAAAGUUUAUCGUGUUGGUUUUUACGAUGGGAUUAUGUUGGUUGAAAAAUAUAAAGGUUUAAAGGUGAAUUCAGUGAAAAAACUUAUUCAAGACCAAUUAGUUAAAACGAAUGAAGCUAUAAUUUAUUACGAGCCGGAAAAUCUAGUCGUUACACGUGGUGGUGAUGAAGCAGUGGUUGCUUUGUGUGAUCAAUGGUAUCUAGAUUACGGCUCAGAGGAAUGGAAAACAGAAGUCCGUAAAGCGGUAGCUAACGUGUCAGCAACCGAUGAGGUUAGACGCGGUCUUUAUUCAACCGUUGACUGGUUACAUGAACAUGCUUGCUCUCGUACAUAUGGUUUGGGUACUCGUUUACCAUGGGAUGAUAAAUGGCUUAUUGAAUCUUUAUCUGACUCUACAAUAUAUAUGGCAUAUUAUACAAUAGCUCAUUUGUUACAGGGCGGGUCAUUAGAUGGUAGAAAACCUGGUCCUCUUAAAAUUUGGCCAGAACACAUGACACCAGAAGUGUGGGAUUACAUAUUUUUAGGAAUAGGAAAUCCAGAGGAUUUAGUCGAAACGAAAAGUCAUUCCUCUCUAAGUGUACCAGUGUUGAAGAGACUUCGUCAAGAAUUUCUUUUCUGGUAUCCAGUUGAUUUAAGAGUUAGCGGAAAGGACCUUAUCUCCAAUCAUUUAACCUACUACUUAUACAAUCACAUUGCUAUAUGGCCAAAUGAACCAAAUUUAUGGCCUCGAAGUAUACGUGCCAAUGGCCAUUUGUUAUUGAACUCUAAUAAGAUGUCAAAAUCAACUGGUAAUUUUCUCACUUUAGCAGAUGCUGUGGAAAAGUACUCAGCUGAUGGUGUUCGUCUUGCUUUGGCUGAUGCUGGUGAUUCGUUAGACGAUGCUAAUAUAAAAGAAGAGAUGGCUGAAGCUGGACUUUUACGUUUAUAUGGCCUUUUGGAUUGGUUUAAUAUGACAUUGGAGAUUUUAAAUGAUUCAAGUUUACAACAAAAAUCUGAUUAUCGAACAGGUGCUUAUACAAUGCAUGCAGAUUUUGUUUUUGAAAAUGAAAUGAAUAAUACGAUUGAAUUGGCCGAUAAAGCAUACGCUUCACAUGAAUACAGAGAAGUACUUAAAAUUGUAUUUUAUGAACUUCAGGCACAUCGUGACCGUUAUCGUGAAGUUUGUCAAGGCAGUGUACAUACUAAUCUAAUUCGACGUUAUAUGAAUAUUCAAUUACUACUACUUAGUCCAAUUUGUUCACAUGUUUGUGAACACAUAUGGAUUAAUUUGUUAAACAACAAGACAUCAAUCUUUUGUGAAAAGUGGCCCGAGCUUAGUUGUCCAGUAGAUCGAAUACUUUUGUUACAAGGUCGUUACAUAGAUGAUACAGCUCAUACUUUUAGAUUACAACUAAAACAAUACCAAUCAUCAAAGUCGUUCAAAAGUAGUAAAUCUGUUGGAUCCCAUUCUGUUACUCAGUUUAUUCCACCUUCGGAUGCUGUUGUUUGGGUUGCUAAAGCUUAUCCAGCAUGGCAGGCACAAAUUCUUGAAAUUAUGGCAGCUAAUCUUUCUGACGAUGGUAAAACGUUAGCAGAUAAUGCAACGUUAGCUCAACUUUUACGUCCUCAUCUAAAGGCUAUGGGUAAAAUGGCAAAACGUGCUAUGCCAUUUGUACAGUUAGUCCGGGAACGGUUUGUAAUUCACGGUAAACGAGUUCUUCAACUUCAGUUGGAGGUAGAUGAAUGCGAAGUAAUUAAAAAGAAUUUAUCCUAUCUUAUAUCAACUUUGGGUUUACGACAACCUGAUGGUUUAAAAAUCAACUACUCAUGUGAUUCUAAUGAUAGUCGUAUUGAAGAAAGUGUUUGUCCUUUAGAGCCUCUUAUUUUGUUUUGUGAACCAUCUACCUCAGCAUCCAUGACGUUUUUAAAUCCGGAUAUUGGUUCAGGUUUCUUUACACUUAAUGGUGUUACUAUUUUUGACGGCGACACAUAUACCGAUGUGGUCUCACGUGUAGUCACUCACUGUCGUUCACUUGCGUUAAACAGUAAAGACUUAAAAAGCAUAACAUUGUACCGUUUUACCGAUCCUACAUGCGGACAUUUACGCGUUCCUCCUUACCCUAUGGAAGCUCUACAAAUUGUCCAGCCAACAGCUCGUUUUGUAGUCGAUGCAUCAUCCAUCAUAACUCUGAAGAUUGGUAGUGAUUUUAUUCCUAUUGGCAAAAAGCUUGUGUACACAACUACCGUGUCGUCAUGA